CCUUUUCGAUUCCAACGUACCCGGUUCUCUCCCAUUCACUUGUCCUUAGUUGGCAAGACGUCUGUUGAGGUUUUGUUGCAUCCAUUUAUUUCGUCGGACUUGACAUCCAUCGAACAACAUGCCUCCCAAAUUCGAUCCCUCUGAGGUUAAAAUCAUCUACCUACGUGCUGUUGGUGGAGAAAUCGGUGCCACUUCAUCUUUGGCUCCUAAGAUCGGUCCAUUGGGUUUGUCCCCCAAGAAGGUUGGUGAAGAUAUUGCUAAAGGAACCCAGGAUUGGAAAGGAUUGAAGAUUACUGUCCAGCUGACAAUUCAGAAUCGUCAAGCAGCAGUCUCAGUUGUUCCCUCAGCUUCUUCCUUGGUUAUCAAGGCUUUGAAAGAGCCUCCUCGUGACCGCAAGAAGCAAAAGAACAUCAAGCACAAUGGCAACAUCACUUUUGAUGAAGUAAUUUCCAUUGCCAGGAUCAUGAGGAUAAGAUCACAAUCCCGAUACCUUCUUGGAACUGUUAAGGAAAUUUUGGGAACUUGCAUGUCCGUUGGUUGCACGAUCGAUGGGCGAACCCCCCGUGAAAUCACCGAGGCGGUCACCAAUGGAGAAUUGGAGGUUCCAGAAGAGUAGAUCCGCGUCCACUUGUCAGUAAUGAUGAGUUCAAUAAACGGAUCUUAACCGAA